ACUCUCCCCACCACCGCCUCACGCCUCACCUCUUUCUUCUUUUCACCAUUUCGCCCGCUCUUCUGUUUUCUCCGAAAGUGAACAGAAAAUAAAAAAAAAUUUCUCGUCUUCAAUGAUCCCCUCUCAAGCUCUGCGGGCCCACUCAUAACAACCACCGGCUCGUUUGCUCCCCUCCAAACCCAAACCCAUCCAACUUCUUCCCCUCCUCCAUCCCGCAACUCCCAUCACUUCCUCCAUUUGCCGUCAAACUUGGUGAGGAGAUCCACGGUCUUUCCAGUCUUUGACCGUACGACUAUUACUCCCCCCUCUUCCCCUCUCCCGCGCUCGUCAUCGGGCCCCUCGCCUGCACUUGCUCCGAUCGAAGCGUGGAGUCCAUUGCUUUCGCCACUCCUCGCUCGCUGCCCCGGUCGUUGUGAUAGUACUUGGUCCGACCGCUUCCGCUUUGUCGUCAAUAUCACGCCGAACAGAGUGAUUAAUUUGCAUCCACAAUAGAGCUCCCGGAGCCCAACGAUCAACCUGCUUUUUUCACCGUCCUGAAUUCGAACCCUUUGUCCCAGAUCCACGAUCAAGGGCGACCCUAGAACGAAAAGAUGGUAGACAGAGAUCCAGGUACACCCACCUGGAAGUUCACACAAUGCUUUGGUGAUAAAGGUGAUGUAGAAGAUAUCACAGAAGCGGACAUCAUCUCGACCGUCGAAUUCGAUCACACCGGAAAUUAUUUGGCUACGGGAGAUAAGGGUGGACGAGUGGUGCUGUUUGAACGUAACGAAACGAAAAAAACCUGCGAGUAUAAGUUCCACACCGAAUUUCAGUCGCACGAGCCGGAAUUCGAUUACCUCAAAUCGUUAGAGAUCGAAGAGAAGAUCAACAAGAUAAAAUGGUGUCGGCGCCAAAAUGCUUCACACUUCCUCCUUUCGACCAACGACAAGACCAUAAAGCUAUGGAAGGUGUUUGACAAGUCUUUGAAAGUGGUCGCUGAGAACAACCUAUCGAAUGAGAUGACUCCGCCCGCCCCGACGGGUGGUUUGCCGCGAGCACCCCGGGGCACGUUCAAGCAUGCCUCUGCGCUGAAGCUUCCCCGCUUGACACACCACGACACCGUCGUGGCCGCUGUGCCUCGGAGAACAUACGCUAACGCCCAUGCGUACCAUAUAAAUAGCAUCUCCGUGAACAGCGAUGGCGAAACUUUUAUCAGCAGUGACGACCUCCGGGUCAACUUGUGGAAUCUCAACAUUCAGGAUCAGAGCUUCAACAUCGUGGAUAUCAAACCGGCGAACAUGGAGGAACUGACUGAGGUUAUUACAGCGGCUGAGUUCCACCCCGUGAGCUGUAACUGGUUCAUGUAUGCUAGCUCGAAGGGCACCAUCAAGCUUGCCGAUAUGCGGCAGCGGGCCCUUUGCGACGAGCACUCUAAGCUAUUUGAGCAGGAAGAGGACGCUUCGUCGCGUUCUUUCUUUUCGGAGAUCAUUUCUUCCAUUUCCGACGUUCGAUUCUCACAUGACGGCCGGUACAUCGUGUCGAGAGACUACCUGACCGUGAAGAUCUGGGAUGUGAACAUGGAGCGUCAGCCUGUCAAGACCAUUCCUAUUCACGAGCACCUGCGGCCGCGUCUCUGCGAUACGUACGAAAACGACAGCAUCUUCGACAAGUUCGAGGUGGUAUUCUCGGGUGAUGCGGAGAACGUGAUGACAGGUAGUUAUAACAACAACUUCAUGAUCUAUCCGACGGAGGAGCAGAAGGAUACAGAGAUUGUUCUUCAGGCAGACAAGUCGGCCUUCAAGGCGAAGAAGGUUGGCGUGCCCACACCAAUGAACAAGGGCAGUGGAAAGAAGGCUGGUUCGCGAUCGGGAAGCCCUGCCGGUCCUGGCAGUCGCAUGAAGAAGGAGACCGACGCAGACCAGAUUGACUUCAACAAGAAGAUCCUGCACAUGAGCUGGCACCCCUUCGAGGACAGCAUCGCCAUUGCCGCUACAAACAAUCUUUUCGUCUUUUCUGCCCUGUAAAUGCCCUCGGCAACAGGACCAUACACAUUUCUCUUCCACGGACAGGCGUAUUUUGGGAAUGGGGUCGGGUAGCUAGUGGAAACGUUGACGAUCUGACAAGGGGGAGAAAGAGAGAGAGAGAGGACACAACAAAAUGAACAAAAUCAUGGCCAUAGCAGCAAGCCACAGGUUCCAUAAUCUCAGUUCUGUUCACGCCUUUCCCUGGAAUCAACUUACCCGACUGCGAUCUCCCUGGUUUCUGUUUUCCGUUGAGCCACUCCCGUUUCCUCAUCUGGGUUGUAUGCAGCUUUUUAUUAGGUACCUUGAAGGCGUUGUGUGGAGGCGCUUCAUGAUAGAGAAUGUUAAGCUUGUUUGGGGCAUAUAUCCAUG